AUGGACAGAGACCCCAGCCAUGACCAGACCUUGAUGAUGGAGUAUGAGGAUGAAAUCUUUAGCCACUGCCGUGAGAUGGAGACUACUCUCCAGCCAGAUAUUGGAUAUCUGGAGCGGAUGCCAGAGUCUGCGUGGGCUCACAGGAUGCACUGCAUCGAGAUUAUGACAGAGACACGUAUGAAAAUGCGUAUCCUCCCUGAACCCCUAUUCCUCGGCGUCAAUCUGUUUGACCGAGUUUUAAACAAAAUUUCACGAAAGUUUCACGACAAUAAGAUGGUCCUCGUUAUAACUUCCUUCGUUUGCUUAUUGAUUGCCGCUAAGUUCGAGCAGCGUGUUGGAUGUAUGCGAUUGAGAGAGUAUACUAGGCUUAUGGGUCAGUUUGGAUACCAAGUAGAAGUCACCGAUUUUCAGCUUUAUGAGCGCGAAAUCCUACGGUUGCUCGACUACAGGGUUGGUUGGCCAGGACCAUUGCCUUUCUUGCGGAGAUGCUUACGUGGAGACGGGGACAAUGAUGACAUUAUCUAUGUUAGGUCCAUCACCAGGUUCAUCCUUGAACUAGUCCUACUAGACCCCCGAUUUCUCAUCUAUAAGCCAUCGCUUCAAGCUGCAGCUGCAGUAUAUAUUAGCCGCUGGAUGAUGGGCCGGACAGAGUGGGUACGUUAA